GGGGGGGAUUGGAUGGACUGAUGCGGGGUCUCGUGUCUCACCUUGGGAGGAGAGCUCGGCCUGCAUUAACUGACCCCGGACCUCUGACCUGUCACCUCUGAUGCCUGACUACUGAGUGAUUCCUCAGAGGAGGAGGCACCAGCAGGCGGGAUGGAGGGAGAAGGAGAGGACCAGAGUCGAGGAGAAGAGGCUGAAACCUUCUCUUCAGGGGGCUCAUCUUCAGCAGUAGGCGCUGGCGACUGCAGACAAAAUUGCCUCAUUAACACCCACAGGCUGGGGGCGGAGCCACGACAGAAUCCUCAGCUCCUGAACCCUGGUAUCCUCUUCCCUCACCAUGUGGUGGUGGACCCCCACCUCAGGCCGACCCCAGCCUUCCUCCCCUGCCUAGACGAUAUCCUGCAGGCAUGGGGGGAGGCAGGGGGAGGUGACUGCUGCGAGACCACCUUCAUUGAGGGGCUUGCUCCUGAUGCCUCCUCAUCCUCUGCCGCCACCGCAAAGGAGGCGAUACUGUCCGCUGAGGGGAGGUUUCUGAAUUGUCCUAGAGAUAACACAAAGAUUCACACGUUGUCAUACGAAGUCGACGACGAUGAUGAGUUCCAGGAGGUAACGGAUUACUCCAGCGAAUCAGGGAGCGAGGACACCUUCCUGUUAAUACCUCCCAGAGAUCACCUCUGUCUCAGCGUCUUCUCCAUGCUCUGCUGCUUCUGGCCACUGGGCAUUGCAGCGUUCUACCUGUCACACAAGACCAAUAAGUCGGUGUCUAAAGGAGACUUCCAUCUUGCCAGCUCCAGCUCGAGGAGGGCUCUCUUCCUGGCCGUAUUGUCCAUCACUAUUGGGACAGGUAUCUAUGUGGGUGUGGGCGUGGCACUCAUCGCCUACCUUUCCAAGAACCACCACUGGUAG